GGGUCGCGGAGGUGUGGUGUGGAGUAGAGCCCCGGACCGUGGGAACCAGUGCCCCACCGAACUGCUGCUGCCGGGCCAGCCGAGGGCCCCCAUCCCCAACCCGUCCAGCUCUCAGGCGUGAAGAACUACAACUCCCAGCAUGCCUUGAGCCCGACGGCCGGGGACGCUGAGGCGGGGACGGGCCCUCCAGUCUCCCCCUCCCCGCCGGCUUUCCUCACGGGUCCUCCUGGCUCUCCCGGCCGCGCGCGGAACUGGGACUCGAGCCAUGGAGGACGCGUCGCCUCCGCUGCUGAACAACAGCAAGCCACACCUGGAGAAGCUGACCCUGGGCGUCACCCGUAUUCUGGAAUCUUCCCCAGGUGUGACAGAGGUUACAAUCAUAGAAAAAGCACCUGCUGAACGUCAUAUGAUUUCUUCAUGGGAACAAAAAAAUAACUGCGUGAUGCCUGAGGAUGUGAAAAACUUUUACCUAAUGACCAAUGGCUUCCAUAUGACGUGGAAUGUGAAGCUAGACGAGCACAUCAUUCCCUUGGGCAGCAUGACAAUUAACAGCAUCUCCAAACUGACUCAGCUCAACCAUUCUUCCAUGUACUCACUUCCUAAUGCACCAACUCUGGCAGACCUGGAGGAUGAUACACAGGAAGCCAAUGAAGACCAACCAGAAAAGCCUCACUUUGACUCUCGCAGUGUGAUAUUUGAGCUGGAUUCAUGCAGUGGGAACGGGAAGGUUUGCCUUGUUUACAAGAAUGGGAAACCAGGAUUCACACAAGAUACUGAAAUCUGGUUCCUGGACAGAGCAUUAUAUUGGCAUUUUCUCACAGAUACCUUUACUGCAUAUUAUCGCCUGCUCAUCACCCACCUGGGCCUGCCACAGUGGCAGUAUGCCUUCACCAGCUAUGGCAUUAGCCCACAAGCCAAGCAAUGGUUCAGCAUGUAUAAACCUAUCACAUACAACACAGAUCUGCUCACAGAAGACACCGACUCCUUUGUGAACAAGUUGGAUCCCAGCAAAGUGUUUAUGAGCAAGGACAAGGCCUUAAUCCCAAAGAAGAAAGGACCUGUGCAGCCUUCAGGUGGCCAGAAAGGACCCUCAGCAACUUCUACCUCUAAAUCUUCCUCAGGAAAUUCCAUCCGAAAAUGAGCACUCCUCUGCCCUUAACUCUUGCACUAGCCCCACAGCAGUGAUUUUCAUGUACAAAUGGUGUCAUCGGUAGCCCCAACCUUAGAUUCUUAUGUGCAAAUAUAGGCAUCUUCCUGACAGAGUCCUAGCCUUUUACUCCCAAUGGCACUCAGUCAGGAAUUGGAAGGACAUACUGAGUAAGUCCCUAGUCACAAGUGACUAUCUAAACUUACAUGAAAAAUUCAUAUCUUCACUUGCAUUAGCCACAUUUCAAGUAUUCAUGUGGCUAGUAGAUUGUGUAUUGGAUUGCAUUCUGUUCUAGAAAGUUCUUGGGAACAACACAACAUUAGAAUACUUCGGAAUAUUUUCAUGCUACUGCUCCUCAGAUUAUUAAUCCUUCCCCAUCAUCACCUCAUUUUACUCAUUUUUAGUAUUUUUUUUCAGCCAGUACUGGGGCUUGAACUCAGGGCCUGGGAGUUC